CUCUGCCUGAUGGAGAUGAACCAGGAGGAACUGGCCGACACACUGGGGGACAGAUCUGCUGCUGUCGAGUGCCAACACAAAAUUAAGUCUCUUUUGAUGAAGAAAUUCAAGUGUGUGUCUGAGGGAAUCGCUAAAGCAGGACAGCCCACAGGCCUGAAUGACUUCUACACCGAGCUCUUCAUCACAGAGAGAGGCAGUGGAGAGGUCAACGAGGAACAUGAGGUCAGACUGAUUGAAACAGCUUCCAGGAGACCGGCCAAGGAGGACACAACAAUAAAAUGUGAAGACAUCUUUAAACCCUUAACUGAUCAAGAUCAACCAAUCAGAACAAUUAUGACAACUGGAGUGGCCGGCAUUGGUAAAACCGUCUUAACACACAAGUUCACUCUGGACUGGGCUGAAGACAAAGCCAACCAAGGCAUACACUUUACAUUUCUCUUAACUUUCAGAGAGCUGAAUUUACUGAAAGAGAAAGAGUUUAGCUUGGUCAAACUUCUUCAUCACUUCUUUAUUGAGACCAAAGAAGCAGGAAUCUGCAGAUUUGACCUGUUCCAUGUUGUCUUAAUCUUGGAUGGCUUGGAUGAGUGUCGACUUCCUCUGGACUUCCAGAACAACCAGACCUGGACUGAUGUCACAAAGCCGAUCUUGGUGGACGUGCUGCUGACAAACCUCAUCAGGGGCAACCUGCUUCCCUCCGCUCGCAUCUGGAUAACCACACGCCCUGCAGCAGCCAAUCUGAUCCCUGCUGAGUGUGUUGACAUGGUGACGGAGGUGAGAGGCUUCACCGACCCACAGAAGGAGGAGUACUUCAGGAAGAGAUUCAGAGAGGAGAGGCUGGCCAGUACAAUCAUCUCCCACGUCAAGAAAUCAAGAAGCCUCCACAUCAUGUGUCACAUCCCAGUCUUCUGUUGGAUCACUGCUACAGUUCUGGAGGACAUCUUCAAAACAUCUAAGAGAGGAGAAGAGGUGCCCAAGACCGUGACUCAGCUGUACAGCCACUUCCUGAGGGUUCAGUCCAUACAGGGGGGCAGGAAGUAUCAUGGGAGUGCUGAAACAGGUUCACACUGGAGUUCAGAGAGCAAGGAGAUCAUUGUUUCUCUGGGAAAACUGGCAUUUAACCAGCUGGAGAAAGGCAACCUGAUCUUUUACGAGGAAGACCUGGCAGAGUGUGACAUCGAUAUCAAAUCAGCCUCAGAGUACACAGGAGUGUUCACCCAGAUCUUUAAAGAGGAGUGUGGGCUGUACCAGGACAAGGUGUUCUGCUUUAUCCAUCUGAGCAUCCAGGAGUUUCUGGCUGCCCUUUAUGUCUUUCUGUCCUUCAUCAACACAGGGGUCAAUCUGCUCUCAGAAGAAGCACCAACCUCUGGUGAAGAGAAACUCCUCCACUUCUACCAGCAUGCUGUGGACAAGGCCUUAGAGAGUGAGAACGGACACCUGGACUUGUUCCUCCGCUUCCUCCUGGGCCUCUCUGUGGAGACAAAUCAGAUUGUCCUAAGAGAUCUGCUGGCACAGAAAAAAAGUAGAUCAGUGAUCACUAAGAUUAAGAAAGGUGUGCUGGGACAGACAGGAACUAGCUCACUGACCAAUAAGGAAACUAUCACAUUGGUGUCUUACAUCAAGAGCAAGUUAAAUGGAGAUCUCUCUCCAGAGAGAAGCAUCAACCUGUUCCACUGUCUGAAUGAGCUGAACGAUCGUUCUUUAGUGGAGAAGAUCCAGCAGUACCUGACUUCCGGGAAUCUCUCAAGAAAAUCUCUCUCCCCUGCUCAGUUGUCAGCUCUGGUCUUCAUCCUACUGACAUCAGAAGAGGAGCUGGACGUGUUUGACCUGAAGAAAUACUCUGCUUCAGAGGAGGGUCUUCUGAGGCUGCUGCCAGUAGUCAAAGCCUCCAAAACAUCUCUGUUAAAUGGCUGUAAGCUGUCAGAGAGAUGCUGUGAAGCUCUGGCCUCAGUUCUCAGCUCUAACUCCUCUAGUCUGAGAGACCUGGACCUGAGUAACAAUGAUCUGCAGGAUUCAGGAGUGAUGCUGCUCUCUGCUGGACUGGGGAGUCCACACUGUACACUGGAAACUCUCAGCUUGUCUGGCUGCCUAGUCACACAGGAAGGCUGUGCUUCUCUGGCCUCAGCUCUGAGCUCCAACCCCUCCCAUCUGAGAGAGCUGGAGCUGAGCUACAAUCACCCAGGAGACUCAGGAGCUGCGCUGCUCUCUGCUGGACUGGAGAAUCCACGCUGGAGACUGGAUACUCUCAGUGUGGAGCACGGUGGAGUGUGGAGGCUGAAACCAGUUCCACAGAGGUAUGCCUGUGAACUCACAAUGGACCCAAACACGGCGCACAGACGACUCUCUCUGUCUGAGGACAACAGAAAGGUGACGCUGGUUGGAGAGGACCAGUCGGAUCGUUGCCAGGUGUUGGGUAGAGAGGCUCUGACUGGCCGCUGUUACUGGGAGGUAGAGUGGAAAGGACGUGUUGAUAUAGGAGCGACAUACAGAGGAAUCACAAGGAGAGGAGGGGGUGAUGAAAGCCUGCUUGGAGAGUACAACCAUUCCUGGAGUCUUUAUUGUGAUGAUGACGGUUACUCUGCCUUGUACAACGAUCGUGGAACAGCCAUGCUUCUCCCCCCUGCUGGCUCCACCAGAGUAGGAGUGUAUCUGGACCGGCCUGCUGGCUCUCUGUCCUUCUACAGAGUGUCCCCAGGUGGAGGAGGGUCCUCAGACACACUGACACACAUCCACACCUUCUGGUCCUCCUUCACCCAGGAGGACCUCCUCCCUGGGUUUAGGGUAUGGAGGGGUCAGCGGGGUGCCUCAGCGUCUCUGUCGGGUUUAGGGUGGGGUUAGGGGGGGGUCCUCCUCAGUGUCUCUGUGUCCGUUGUAGAAAAAAACAACAUACAGAC